CCAACCGGUCCUAAAAAAUUUUAUUUUUCACCGUCCUACAUUGUUCUCAGCAUUUCCAAGUUUAAAUUGGAAAGACUCACCUUGUCUCUUGACCAGGGUUCUUUGCUGCAGGUUUGUGCCUCGACCCGGGGCAUCAGCAAAGGCGGGCCCGUUCCCACAUUCUUGGCGGGGCUCCUUGUGCCACAACCAUCUUUGCUCCUACGGUCGCUGCGACAAGUCGACUUUGAACCGCUCCAACAUGGACUGGCAACCGCAAGAUGAGCCAUUGAGGCAGCUCGCCUGCUGUCUCAGGGACUCCCUGAACAGCAUGAACCCUCAGCUGCGAAAGCAAGCCGAAAAUAUGCUGUCGCAAGCCACUUCGUCCCCGGACUAUGUCAACUACAUCACCUACAUGUUCUCCACGGCGCAGGUCCCUCCCGCUGUCGCCGCGGCGGGCAUUGACCCCAGUACUUAUGGUGUUGUCCGAUUCGCCGCUACCAUGAACAUGAAGACCAAGCUCUCGGUGGCCUACAAGACAAUCCCUCAGCAGAGUCUGAACUUCAUCCGUUCCGCCGCCUUGAUCGCUCUCCGAGACAAUGACCGCCAAGUCCAGCGCGGUGUCGGUAGCAUCAUUACUGAGCUGGUCCAGAAGGGUGGCCUUUUGGCCUGGCCUGAGGUCCUACAGGAGCUGCUGUCCCUCGUUGGAAAUGACCAGGGUGAUAUCUCCAUCGCCACUCAGGAGGCUGCAAUGGCCGCCUUGUUCAAGGUCUGCGAAGACAAUCGCAAAAUCCUGGACCGGGACUACUCUGGACAACGCCCGCUUGACGUGAUCAUCCCGAAGCUGCUCGAGUUCACCACUCGCGAGAGUGCUCGCAUUCGUUCGCUCGCCUUGAACAGCAUCCAUGUCUUCCUCCCUCACCAGCCGCCGGCUCUGGUGGCUACAUUGGACGUCUUCCUGUCGCAACUCUUCAAACUUUCGGGCGAUGAAGACACCGAGGUCCGGAAGAUGGUGUGCCAGUCAUUCUCGCAGUUAGUGGAGUUCGCACCAGAAAAGCUGAUUCCGCACCUGGACGGCCUUGUCACCUACAUUCUCAUUCAGCAGCAAAACCAGGAGGACCCGGAGCUUGCUCUUGAUGCGGCUGAGUUCUGGAUUGUUGCUGGUGAGCAGCAGAGCCUGCGCCAACCUUUGGCUCCGUACAUGCACAAGGUCAUUCCUGUUCUGCUUCGGAACAUGGUCUACGAGGAAGAUGACGUUAUCCGCCUUAUGGCUGAAGAGGACGAUGCCGAUCUUGAAGAUCGUGCUGAAGAUCUGAAGCCUCAGUUCGCCAAGGCAAAAGGUGCUCGCUUGGAUACAUCAAAGCCCGGUGAACAGGCGGCCAACGGUCAACAGCAGCCCGAGGAGGACGAGGAUGAGCUGAGUGAGGGCGAGAUUGAGGACUCAGAGUUUGGCGAUGAUCCUGAGGGCGAGUGGACUUUGCGCAAGUGCUCAGCUGCUGCACUGGAUGUCUUCUCAAAUGUCUACCAUGAUCAGAUCUUUGAGAUUAUCCUGCCGUACCUGAAGGAGACCCUUCGCCACGAGGAGUGGCCCAACCGCGAGGCAGCUGUCCUCACCCUGGGUGCCGUUGCUGAUGGCUGCAUGGACGCAGUCACUCCUCACCUUCCCGAGCUUGUGCCAUAUCUGAUCUCCCUGCUGAACGAUGCGCAGCCUGUUGUGCGCCAGAUCACUUGCUGGUGCUUGGGACGCUACUCUGAAUGGGCAUCACACCUUGAGGACCCGAGCCAGAAGCAACAGUUCUUUGAGCCGAUGAUGGAGGGAAUCCUGACCCGUAUGCUCGACAACAACAAGAAGGUUCAGGAAGCCGCUGCAUCGGCCUUUGCCAGCUUGGAAGAGAAGUCUGACGAUAACUUGACUCCUUACUGCGAGCCCAUCCUCCGCCAAUUCGUUCAGUGCUUCGGCAAGUACAAGGACCGCAACAUGUACAUCCUUUACGACUGCAUUCAGACUCUGGCUGAGUGUGUCAUGACUGAACUGGCCAAGCCGCAGCUGGUCGAUAUCCUCAUGCCUGCUAUGAUUGAGCGAUACAACCAUGUUACCGAUCAGUCUCAGGAGCUGUUCCCCUUGCUCGAAUGUCUGGGCUACAUUGCUGCCGCGUACGGUGAUGCCUUUGCUCCUUUCGCUCCCCAUCUCUUCCAGCGAUGCACCAAGAUCAUCUACCAGAAUCUUGAGGAGUUCAUCGCCUCUCAGAGCAACGAGGCUAUUGAUGAACCUGACAAGGACUUCUUGGUCACUAGUUUGGAUCUUCUUAGCGCGAUCAUUCAAGCUAUUGAUCAACAGAAGAGUGGCGAGCUGAUUGCAAACUCUCAGCCUCCCUUCUUCGACCUCCUUGGCUAUUGUAUGCAGGACCCCAACUAUGAGGUCCGACAGUCUUCAUACGCUUUGUUGGGUGAUUGCGCUAUCAGCAUCUUCCCGCAUCUGGAGCCAUACAUCCCCACUAUCAUGCCGGUUCUCAUCAAGCAGCUUGACCUGGACCUCAUUCGGGAUGAUGAUCGCACAACCGGUUUCAGCGUGCUGAACAACGCCUGCUGGUCCUGUGGUGAGAUCGCAGUCAACGAGAAGGCUGCGCUUGCUCCUUAUGCUGACAAGCUGUACCGCGGGCUUCUGGCCAUCAUGAACAACGAGGAGAUCAUUGACUCUGUCAAUGAGAACGCUGCCAUAGCCCUGGGCCGACUUGGACUCUGCUGCCCCGAUUCUCUGGCGUCGCAGCUUCAUGAUUUCGCUUCCCCAUUCUUGAAGUCGAUGAGCAAGAUUGACUUCACGCGUGAAAAGGCCUCUGCUUUCCUGGGCUUCAACAACAUGGUCAUGAAGAACCCCCAGGCUUUGGAGUCCUGCCUGGGCGACUACUUCCAGUCAAUUGCGUCAUUCCCAACCAAGUCACUGUCACAGGAAGAGUACCAUGAUAUCCAAGGCUCAUUCCAGCAGGUCCUGCAAGGCUACAAGAACAUGAUACCCAACUUCGAUUCAUUCCUUUCGCAGCUUCCUGGCCCCGUGGCCCAGAAGCUGCGUUCGGCCUACCAGAUUUAAAAGUUUCUGGCAUCGAAUUGGCUGUCAUCAGACCUCAUGAGACUUGCGUGCAACGGUGCAACGACUGACAUAGUUAUGAAUGACGGCCUCAAAAUUUUCUUUUCCUCUGCUACCUCCUUGUUCCUUUUUGAACAAAUGCACGUUUCCCUUCAAGGCUUGUGACGGAGACCACGCCGUCUCCUGCCAUAAGCUUUCAGUUGCCAGUUUUCUCUGAACCUAGCGUUUUCCUUUUUCUCAAUAUUCAUACUCCGUUUCACUUUCAAGUUGCUCUCCGUCAUGGUGUUGCUUGACAGUUCUCAUUUGACCUAGAAAGAGGAGGAAUUGUUGCGAACCGGGUAGGUACAUGGGCAUUAGGUCACUCUUAUUGCGAGCGUCAUAUUUGGGCGUUGUUCUUUCUUGGAUUUUCCCUAUCUUCCCCUUUUUCUCCCCCCCCCCCUCUUCUUUAUAUGUUAGUGAUGCAUAACUUAUCCAUCUCUGCCAGGACAAGCACGGAGGGAGGGGAAUUUACCGAAGGAGGGAUGAAACAAUUGAUCUGGCUGCUCAUCUACGGGAUAUCCGAUCACUGCUAUGGAAUCGAUAUCUUCUGAUAUCUUCCGUUCAUCUAUGAUUUUGGUUUAUUCUCUGCCUCCCCGUUCUGUUCUCGCUCUGCAUGCCAAAGUCAAUCGAGGCCGGUCCAUUCAUGGGAGUUUUCUUUUGCUUAGCGACUCGUCACUCCUCAUAGCUUUAACUACACUUUUUUUCUAGAUAGAUAGAUUAGAUACCUAGGUAGAUACCUCCAUGAAAUUUCUCGAACACCUACUGGCGGGGACAUGGACCGGUCCUCGAGUCCUCACCAAUCUCCUGCCCUUUCUAGGAUAG